AUGACCUCGCCAGUACUCAACGUGGUCCGCUACUCGGCCCUCGUCGGCGGCAUCGGAUACGGCGUCGUCCACCGCCGAACGCUCCAGGCACGGGAGGACGACAAGGCCGCGCAGAGGGCCUACAAGCACAAGGAGGACCUCAUCAAGCAGGCCAAGAAGGCAUACGCGCAGAAGCUCGUCGCCAAGCAGUCCGAUACCGGCAUCGUCACGGACCCGGAGAACCCUGCCUUUGACCUCGAGAAGUUCCUGCAGAAGUUUGAGCAAGAAAACUAG